GGUCGCUCAGUCUGUCUGCUUUGUUAGUGAACGGCUGUUACAACAGUCUGAAAGCUGUGUUUACUCUGGUGGUCUCAGAGUCGUUCUCAUAUCUCCUGAAAGGUGAUCCUCUCAGGUCGAGCUGACACAGUGUGUCAGUAGAGACAGCAGACAGCAGAAUGGCUUUGUGUGCUGCCAGUCGUCCCUUACUCCAGAACACUCGAAAUGCUUUGAGGAGGUGUUUCAAGCAGAGCAGGGCGUUCUACUCCAACACCAGCAGCCCUCAGGAGGAAGAGAUUCGACAGAAACUCCAGCUCUUUCCAGGAGGUUCCAUAGAUCUUCAGAAAGAAAAGUCAGGCAUUGCAGUGAUGACAGUCAAUAACCCUGCACGAAUGAAUGCCUUCUCAGGCAGCAUGAUGCUAGAGCUGGAGGAACGAGUGAGUGAGCUGGAGACUUGGACAGAAGGAAAAGGCCUAAUUGUGCAAGGGGCUGCUGGAACGUUCUGCUCUGGAUCUGACCUGAAUGCAGUCAGAGCAAUAUCAAACCCGCAGGAUGGCAUGAAAAUGUGUAUGUUCAUGCAGAAGACUCUAACAAGACUGCUUAGGUUGCCCCUCAUCUCUGUGGCUUUGGUUGAGGGAAAGGCUUUGGGUGGAGGGGCAGAACUCACUACUGCCUGUGACUUCAGGUUGAUGACAUCUGAUGCUGUGAUCCAAUUCGUCCAUAAACACAUGGGCUUGGUGCCUGGAUGGGGUGGUGCAGCAAGGCUUGUCCGAAUUGUUGGCAGCCAGAAUGCCCUGAAAUUGCUUGGUGGUGCAAAAAAAGUUGAUCCACAUUUGGGGAGGCAGAUUGGACUAGUUGAUGAAGUGUUGAGUUCUCCUCUUGGUGAAGGCAGUUCCCUGGUGGAGGCAGAGCAGUGGCUGAGCCAGUUCACAAAGGGAUCUGCUCCUGUAAUCAGGGCUGUGAAGAAGGUGGUGGUGUCUGGGAGAGAACUUUCUCUGGAGGAGGCCCUGAGAACUGAAAAGGAUAUAUUUGGGACUGUAUGGGGUGGGCCAGCCAACCUUGAGGCUUUGGCACAAAAAACAAAACAUAAUUGAGAGAAAUUAUUAUUAACGUUUGCCUCUGUAAAGACUCAAUAUAUCUAUUUAUAUCAGGGGAAAAUGAGCCCCAAAUAAGCCACACUCAAUCUAAAUAAACAUAUUUCUCACAUGGACUUUUUAAAAUUAAUUUUAUAAUAAAAUAAAAUAUUAUUUUCUCUUUUAACAUAAUCAGGCAUGUUAUAUAUGAUUUAUUUUUAAAAAAAUGAAUAAAAAAAUGAAAAUUCUGCACUGGACUUAAAGGGCCCCCCUGAAGCCCUCUUGUAUUCCUUAUAAAGCAGCCAGUGAUGUAUUUAAUACAUUUUAAUUCAUAAUUAUAUUUGAUAUAUUCAUGAUUUUUUAAAAAUAAUUGAUAAACACUCUUAUGAAAGACUAAUAACAAACAUUCAACUGGGAAUAACUGUAAAAUAAAAAAAACAUUCUUGUAGUCUA